AUGGAUGCGAUGUUUGCUUUGGCCAUUAUUAACUUGGACUACCCACAUGAGUUAGUGUCAGGUUAUAUCAAAGAUUAUUAUUCUGUUAUUCAAUCACUCACGUUCGAAAGCAAUAUAAGAGGGCAUGGACAGGAAGAAGGAAGGUUCUUUAGCUGCAUAUUGGCAUGCAGCAAGAUAAUUGGCUUUCACGGAAGGUCUGGCGUUCAACUUGAUGCGCUAGAAGUCUACCCAGAACCAAUUUCUGAUCAUCUCUUGAAAUCCAUUGGGCCAUUCGGAGGACAAGGUGGCAGUCCAUGGGAUGAUGGACAUAGCAUGGGUGUGAGAAAAACCAUUAUAAAGGGUGGAUUAGUUAAUGACUUCAUUACUAUUGAGUACGACAAGAACGGGUCUAUGGUUCAGGGCCCUAAACAUGGUGGAGAUGGAGGACAUCUAACCCUCGAGCUCUUCCCGUCUCCUAUCCACUCAUCUUGA